CGAAUCUAAACACCGACGUAUUAUUCCUUUAUACGGUAGUGGGUUGAGCGGCUCCAUUGCUGCAAACCAGUCAAGAUGGUGAACAUUACAGAGAAAAUCAAGGAGAUCGAGGAGGAGAUGAAGCGGACACAGACUGACCACACGCAAGAAUAUCAUCUUGGACUUCUGAAAGGGUACGUCUUGCCAUGCAGCAAGCUCGCUCGUUUGCGGGCGCAAUUACUUGAACCGGGACCAGGCGCUGGAGCAGGAGCCGGGGCAGGAUUCGAUGUAAGCAAGAGUGGAGAUGCUCGGAUCGCCCUCGUCGGCUUUCCCUCCGUAGGAAAGUCAACUUUCCUUUCGAAAAUCACCAAGACGAAGGCCGAGGUUGCUGCGUACGCAUUCACAACCUUGACUGCCAUUCCCGGUGUCUUGGAGUACGGCGGCGCCGAGAUCCAGAUUCUCGACCUCCCGGGGAUUAUCGAAGGCGCUGCGGAAGGCAAAGGACGAGGUCGGCAGGUCAUUUCCGCUGCAAAGACUAGUGACAUGAUUUUAAUGGUGCUGGAUGCGACCAAAAAGGCCGAGCAGCGAGCCCUCUUAGAGGGGGAACUGGAAGCGGUCGGCAUCAGGCUGAACCGAGAUCCACCGAACAUCUACCUCAAAGCCAAAAAGGCCGGUGGAAUGAAGAUCAGCUUUAGUGCACCGCCGAAAAACAUCGAUGAAAAGAUGGUGUACAACAUCCUCCGGGAUUACAAGAUACUAAACUGCGAGGUGCUGGUCCGAGAUGAGAAUGUGACUGUGGAUGACUUCCUCGAUGUCAUCAUGAAAGACCAUCGAAAAUACAUCAAAUGUCUCUACGUCUAUAACAAGAUAGACAGCGUAGGCAUUGAAUAUCUGGACCAGCUUGCGCGCGAACCGCACACGGCCGUCAUGAGCUGUGAAUUGGACCUGGGUAUUCAAGACGUUGUAGACAGAUGUUGGAAAGAGCUGCGGCUGAUCCGCAUCUAUACCAAACGAAAGGGGAUUGCCCCUGAUUUCAGCGAGGCCCUGAUUGUACGGAGUGGGUCGAGCAUUGAAGACGUAUGCGACCAGGUCCACAGGACGUUGAAGGAUACCUUCAAGUACGCGUUGGUUUGGGGAGCAAGUGCACGCCAUGUUCCCCAACGAGUGGGACUGGGUCAUCUGGUUGCUGAUGAAGACGUCGUCAGCAUCGUGGCCAAGCCCAAGUGAUAAAGGUGCACAAGUGAGCACCUUAGGCUCCGAAUUUGUGGGAUAUCACCCGCUGCAGCCUGCUGUUAAUGCCGUGAUGACAUCCGCGAUAGACAGGAAAGAUGUCCGGAUAGCAAUUCGGCGUACAACGGGUCGAAUAGCACGGUUCGCUGAUUGGCGAGUCGCAUGGUAUGAACUAAGCAAGUGUACGGCAAACUCGCGUCCUUAUAUGCGACUUGUGAGAAAGUCUCAGAGGAUUGGUCAUCCCCAUGUGUUUCUCCGGCAUAGCACUACCCGCCUAUCACCAAUACAGAAAAUGCCAACCAUUUAUUGAUGGGAUAGGUAGUUGACGCGUCAAUAUGAG